CAGAAGAGAAGAGAAAGCCUGCUAGCGUCGCCAAAACGGCAGCAACAAAAAAAGCCGAAACCGAGCCGACGCCCCGGGCGGCUCACGGAGUCCACCCCCAGUCCCUUCCUCCUCCUCCAAGGGAUCCCGCCUCCCACGCCCGCCUCACCGCCGUGCUUCCGCCUGCCGAUUGGGUCGUCCUCUGGUAGGGGGAGCUCCUGGCCGACACGAAUCCCCGGCGGUUGUUGCGGAAAUGCGGGUUUUCCGUGCGGCGGGGCGUUGAUUGGUGAGCUGGCAUGGGUUGCUUCUCAUGCUUCGAUUCGAGCUCCAGCGAGGAGCUGGGCUACCCCAAGCAUGGCGGUGGCGGCGGGAGUAGCACUGGCGGACGGGCCGCGGCGGCCUCGUCCUCCGGCGUCGGUGCCCGGGAGGAGAGACCCAUGGUGGCACCGCGUGUCGAUAAGCUACCCGCAGGGGUUGAGAAGGCGAGGACGAAAGGCAAUGCCAGCAUGAAGGAGCUUUCAGUUCUCAGGGAUGCCAAUGGCAAUGCCCUCUCUGCACAAACAUUCACCUUCCGUCAGCUUACAGCUGCCACGAGGAACUUCAGGGAGGAAUGCUUCAUUGGCGAGGGAGGGUUUGGACGUGUUUACAAGGGCCGUCUCGACGGAAGCCAGGUUGUUGCUAUAAAGCAGCUCAAUAGGGAUGGUAAUCAAGGUAACAAAGAGUUCUUGGUGGAGGUCCUCAUGCUCAGUUUGUUGCAUCACCAAAACCUUGUUAAUUUGGUUGGCUAUUGUGCUGAUGGAGAGCAACGCCUUCUUGUGUAUGAGUAUAUGGCCCUUGGAUCAUUAGAAGAUCACUUGCAUGAUCUCCCUCCUGAUAAGGAAUCUUUGGACUGGAACACUAGGAUGAAAAUCGCAGCAGGUGCCGCUAAAGGGCUGGAAUACCUUCAUGACAAGGCACAACCACCAGUUAUAUAUAGGGACUUCAAGUCAUCAAAUAUUCUAUUAGGUGAUGAUUUCCAUCCAAAGCUGUCGGAUUUUGGUCUUGCCAAAUUGGGUCCUGUCGGUGACAAGUCUCAUGUCUCUACUCGUGUGAUGGGAACAUAUGGCUAUUGUGCUCCAGAAUAUGCUAUGACAGGGCAACUUACAGUUAAGUCAGAUGUGUACAGCUUUGGAGUUGUAUUGCUUGAGUUGAUUACUGGUCGGAAGGCCAUUGACAGCACCAGACCACAUGGAGAACAAAACCUCGUGUCAUGGGCACGCCCUCUUUUCAGUGACAGGCGGAAGCUCCCAAAGAUGGCUGAUCCAGGGCUGCAGGGGCGAUAUCCCUCACGUGGGCUCUACCAAGCCCUUGCCGUGGCAUCAAUGUGCAUUCAGUCAGAGGCUGCUUCUCGCCCACUUAUUGCUGAUGUUGUGACUGCUCUUUCAUACCUAGCAGCCCAAACAUAUGAUCCUAACGCCAUCCAUGCCUCAAAAAAAGCAGGCAGUGAUCAGCGAAGUAGGGUUGGUGACAGUGGAAGGGUGCUCCUUAAAAAUGACGAGGCAGGCAGCUUCGGUGACAAGUCAGACCGGGAUGACUCCCCAAGAGAGCGUCCUCUGGGGAUCCUGAAUGACAGGGAGCGGAUGGUGGCUGAGGCAAAGAUGUGGGGUACGAAUUUGCGGGAGAAGACGCGUGCAGCUGCCAAUGCACAGGGGAACCUGGAUUCUCCAACAUAAACCGGAUAGCAACAAUCAUCAAGUCACGGCCUUGCUUUUUCUCUGUGUCAAUUGUGUUUACUUUCGAUUGGCAGGGAAAGAAGAAUUGUGUGCUUCUUGAUGGUUAGAUGUACAUUUCUAGGGGUUAAACAAGAGGAGAAUUGUGUGGCUUUGAACUGGAUAUGGUUGUGCCUGUAAAUUCUCGGAAAAUUUUGCGACGGUGGAGAACAAAUUUGGAAUCGAGUCUGUCGCCCCUGUUCUUGUUUUUUCA